CUGUACACAUAAAAUUACCAUUAUUAACAAUAAGUGGAGGCUUAUGUUGUCUUGCAAACGUUGCAAGUUGACUAUUCCAUUGUACUGGUCAACGCUCUUUCACCGUGCUCCGCAGAUGCUGCUGUAGACAAGUUUACGUUGUAAGCGGAGCCCUCUUUUACGGACUUCAGCAGGAGCUAGCGCAUUCAACAAGCUGCCCGUUGCGUGCCCCGUGACAGCUUUCUGCCAAUGCAAGUGACAAACACGCAGCAGGCAGCCGGAGGUAGGCAAGAUGCCACAAGCGAGAGAGGCCAAAAGCAACGACGGUCCAGGAAGUCAAGGCGGAGACAAGAUGUCAGGCAGUCCCAGUCACAGCCACAGCUAGUCGCUUCUGCUGCUCAGCAGACCGCCGCAAUCUUUCGCUUGCCGGCGUGCCUGCGCGCCCCAAUGAUGAACCUCGGCCGUGUUAUUGAUGAUGCCUUAGAUUUGGCGGAGAGCUUGCUGGCCACGGAUUUCACCGCGGACUACCGCACGCCGAGCAUUUUCACGCCGCCAAAACAUCAUGUCCUCAGCUUGCCGACCGCCGAUGCCCCGGGCGCAAUCGAUUCCUGCGUGCGCACUGUAACUCCAUCUCGCUCUGGUGCGGCAGUCCAGGCAGCCCGUGCGGUCUGUGAGAAGCUCAGCUGUGCGGCUGCAGCCACUGAGGCCGCCCGCAUCUCAACGCAAAUCGCCAACCUCAAACUGUCCUCCACGCCCACGCAACAGCGCUGCCUUUCUGGCCCCACACACCACCACCACCAGCAGUCUCAGGGCGCGAUGGGCCCACAACCCGUCCCUCGCUGUGGCAGCCACACCCACCGCGAAUUACGCUUUUGCCCGGAGGUCUCUCCGAUCCGUGCCGGGCCGUUCUUCCCCAGCGGCGCUACAUGUGUGAACCUGGCAGCAGCCGCGGCAGCGACUGCCAACUCCGGCUUCCUUACCUCACGGGGUCCUCGCAGCUCACCUGCCUUCACUUCCGUAGGAAUCGCAGGCCUCUCCUCCGCUGCAGCCACCGCCGCCGCGGCCAGUGCCGCCGCGGCCGUCACCAGUGUUACGGAACGACCUUCUCCAUUGCGACCGCUGCUGACGGCUCGGCCGUCCCGCACCGCCCCAAGCGGCGCUUUGCCGCUGAUCCUACACGGCACUGGCAUGCCAGCAGCGCUGUCGCUACAUGUGCCGCCACCGCCGCCGCGGAGUCCCUUGGCGCCAUACCAUCAUCACCAACAUCCACUCUUGCAGAAGCAGCAGCAGCUGCUGGCACAGGCGCAGCGCCAGGAGCACCAUCAACCGCAGCAGGUGGCGGGUGCGGCAGCUGUGGCUCCCACAAGCAGCGCACGGCCCGUGGUGCCCCGCCUGGCCCUCACGUCUAUAAAGCAACACCAGCAGUCACCCGCCUGGCAACCCGACAGGCGGGACAACUCUACAGUCGCCACCACGCCCGUCACGUCCGUCACUUCCACCCAUGCCAAUGACAUUGGUGCAUCACCUUCGGAAGAACCGUUCCUCCCCUUGCCUCUGGGAUCGCCCCUCCCCCUCCCAUCUCCUGUUCAGACACCAGUUCGCGGCAGUGGCUUGUCGGCGGCAGUCCCCGCCCGGCAAUUGGGGGGUCUCAGCAGUGGGGGAAACCCGCCGGCCGCCACGGCCGCACCAGCGUUAAAGCCGCUGUCGCCGCUGGCGUCAUCCGCAAAGGUCGCAGCGGCGGUGGGCAUAACGCCGCCGGGCGAACAGACAGCAGCAGCGGUGCGGGUGAGCCCUCUGGCGGAGAAGGGCGGCAAGGGAGCAGUUGUGGCGUCGGCGGCUGGUACGGGCCCCAAGCGGCCAGUGGCUGUGGUGCCAACGCUGCGACUGCCUUUGGACGAUGGAGCGGCUGCGGCGCGGCUUGGCGCGGGGCUACGCAGCAGUCGGCCACAUGGCAGGGAGACGCAGCGUGAAGUUGCUGGGCGGGGUGGGGGCGGGAGUGAUGUUAUAAAGGGCUUUGUGGAGUACGGUAGGGUGGUGGACGGUGAGGACACCGGUGCGGGGAUGGAGUGCGUGGGAACGGGGAGAGCGCCCAUGCAUGGGGCUGUCGGAGGACAGGGGAGGCAGCCGGUGGUGCCUGGUCUUCGCCUGGGAGCCCUCGCACGGUGA